AUGUCUGAUGAUAAAAUUAUUGAAAAUAUGAAAGUUAUUGUGGCUGAAAAGCUAAACACAUUACAAAACUUCAAUGAAGAUAUAAAUUAUGUUGCCGAAUAUAUCGUACUAUUAAUGUCAAAUGGUGGUUCUGUAGAAUCUAUUGUACAAGAAUUAACGACAUUAUUUGAUUCUGUAUCAACAGAAGUUUUAACUGAUGUCGUGCAAACGGCCUUUUUUGCCCUUGAAGCUAUACAGCAAGGAGAACCAGUUGCAAAUAUUGUCGAAAAAAUUAGAGGAGUUGCUCAAGCUACUCAACCAACCACCCAAGAACAACCUCAACAACCUCAACAACCCCAACAGCCUCAACAACCAGAACAACCGUUAUUUCCACAACAACCUGCUUCCAACAUACCGCAACAACCGGCGGUUAGUCAAACUGCUGGUAAUCAGGAAUCUGUAACACCUGAAGUUAAGUCUGCGUUUUCGGAUAUUGUUUCAAGCAUUCCUUCAGCUAGUGAUGAUAUGGAAAUUGUUUCUACUGGAUUCGAAUCACGUUUUAAUAAAUAUGACAACGGUGUUAAUAAACGUGGUCGUGGUGGUCGUAAUACACGUGGUGGCCGUGGUGCGUCAAGAAAUGCCAGAGGUGGUCCAAAUACAAGAUUCAAUCCGCUAGCAAAGGCUUUAGGUAUGGAAGGAGAUGGCUCAGCCACCGUUAUUCACCAAAAGAAGGAAGGUCGUUGUAAACUAUUUCCUCAUUGUCCACUAGGUAGAUCUUGUCCCCACGCCCAUCCAACCAAACCAUGCCAGGAAUAUCCAAACUGUCCAAAACUUCCAGGUACAUGUGAAUACUUACAUCCUAAUGAAGACGUUGAGUUAAUGAAAGAAAUUGAAAAGACUCGUGAAGAAUUCCAAAAAAGAAAAGAAGCUAUGAUUGCGGCUAGAACUAAACCAGUCCAAACUGGUAUCGUUCUAUGUAAAUUUGGUACUAUUUGUUCGAAUCCAAUGUGCCCAUUUGGUCAUCCAACACCAGCAAAUGACGAAAACAAAGUUCUAGAGUUAAUGUGGUGCCCAAACAACUUAAAAUGUGAAGACACUGCAUGUACCAAAGCACAUUCCUCUUUAUCAAAAAUUAAAAAUAUAACUCCAAUGGGUGUUCCAAAAAGUGCUCCUCCUCCUGUCGAAAAGUCUUUAGAACAAUGUAAAUUUGGUGCUAAAUGUACCAACAAACGUUGUAAAUAUAGACAUGCUCGUUCUCCAGUUAUGUGUCGUGAUGGUAGCAACUGUACCAGAAUUGAUUGUUUGUUUAGUCAUCCAAUAAAUGAAGACUGUAGAUUUGGCAUGGAAUGUAAAAAUCCUCGUUGUUUGUUUAGACACCCUGAAGGAUUUGUUCCUCCACAAGCUUCUGCUAAUGGUGCGACACCAUUUGGAACACAGCCAGCUACAAGUGCCAGACAAUUUGCAUUACCGGAAGGUUCUGAUAUCAAACCUGCUCCUGCUCAAGAAGGACUAGUAUCAAUGCAUGCUACUAACGAUUUAGAUGCUGAUAUGAACUAG